GUGUCUCUCACUUCCUCCUCGCGGUGAUGACGGACGCAGCCCCGGAACCGCCCGCGGACCUCUUCCAGCGUUAUGUGGGUUCCGUGGUCCGGACGGGCUCGGAGGCUGGUCCGUGCCGGGACCCGGAGGUCCUGGACCUGGCGGCCCGGUGCCCCCCGCGGCCGCCCGGAGGCGCCUUCAGCCUGUUCGCUCAGGCGUUGACGGACGCGGCCGCGCGCACUGCCGCGGGCCGCGCGGCGCACCUGCGCACCCUGAUCCGCGCCAGCGAGGUCCUGGAGACGGUGUGUGUGAACCUGUUCCUCCAACCGUGGAACCGGAGCAUCUGGACGCUCAAGACAUUUACAGGUCCGUUUGUGUACUUUGUCCAGUCGGUUCUCAGCGGCCCCACCAUCCAGUCACUUUUGGCCUCUGUUGGCUACCUGCUGCACACCGAAGACUCCCUCAGUGAGUACAGACUCAGUGAGGAUGCCGACCCCGACAGAGCCAUGCUUGUGGCUUUCGAGCUGCUGCUGGUCAGGCUGGAAUGCUGCCACCUCCUAGAAAUACUGGAGCAGGAUCAACCAGAACCACAGGUUUGGCUUCAAAUUCUCCAGAGAGUGGGAUUUACCAAAUCUGAAGAAGCCAAAAACGAUGAAACCGAAGUGCAACAGGAGGACAACAUGGUGAAAGAGGUGCCUCUGUGUCUGGAGGCCAAGCAUGCAGAUACGUCCCAGCCCAGGACCCAGCACAGACUCCUCAGUGAAGACCAUUCGAUUAUGGAGAUGCACAGAACCUACCCUGACCUGGCCAUUAGGGGGCGCCCACUACUCCGAGAACAACCUGCCAUGGGAAUCAGCAGGAGGUGCUUCACCGGCAGCAGUAAUAAUGACAACAGAGAACACAGUGGAAGUUCUGCAGCUGUUCUUAUGUCUGUCUGUGGUGAACGUGAUGGCAGGAAAGCUGGUGAUGACAGAAGCAGAGGUUUCAGACAUCGCGGUCAUGUUGCCACGAGCCAAGGAAAAGCUCUGACCAGCAGCAGAGCCGGGGAUGACCUCAGUGGUCCACAGGCGUUCUCCCUGCACAUCACAAUAAAAGCCGGGUCAGUAGCAGAGCCCGGAGAGGUCACAGCCUGGACCCAGGAGACAGCAGUACCAACGUGUCUGAGAAGGCCAAAGACACGCCCACGUCUGUCCGGGCAGCAGCUGAUAGAUCAGCAGAAUGAGAACCUGGUCAAACUGGAGGAUCGAAGAACCGUGACAGGACCACCUGUUGAGAUGAUGAACCAGGUCCGCCUGGACCAGGACAUGAAGACAAAAGACAGAAGCAAGAGUGAUGACAACAUGAGUAAAGACAAACACGAGCAAAGGAUGUCCAGAAAUCCAGAGAGGCUGAGGUCCAGAACCUUAUGAUGUCAGCAGGAGCAACAGAUCCAGAACUGAACUAGGGGCAGGAGAGCCACUGGAUCUUCUCAGCGAGAUCCUGGAGAGCUAAAGGCAGCACACACAUGACAAGCUUUGUUAGCACACGUCCACCAGCCGGGACAGACGGCAGACACACGGCGAGUUUUUUUUUUUCAAAUUUCAAAAGUGAUUGAAUCAAACUGUAAAAUAAUUCAUAGAUAAAACAGAAACUAAAAUGAGGUUAAAGUCUGAAUGUUGAGCUGCAGACGAGCAAACUGAGCAGGAAAAACUCAGGUUUUAGUCCAAGCAAUAAUCCCACAGUGGCUCCCCCUGGUGGUGGUUUACACAUUUUUACACACAAAGGUCACUUCCUGCUGCACAGGAAGUGACCUUUCACAGUAAAACUCUUUCCUGUGCUCUGCUUGCAGUCUUCUCUGCUCCGAGUUUAAAUUCAUUUUAUUUUGAAGGACAUUCGGGAGGUUGUUGUUGUUAUCCAGUAACAUUUUGGCUUCAUAGAUUUUGAAAAACAAAAGCAUCUUUUCCAUGUUUUUCGUGUUUUCUCAGAAUACUGACGUGUUUAAAUUUUAGGAAUAAAUAUUGCCUAAGCUCAGGGAGUCAAAAUAAUAAUUAUGGGCAGAUUGUUCAGACAGUCCUCCACCCUGUUAUGUGGUUAUUACUAAAUAGUAAUAUAAAUGUUCAGCAAAAAUAAACUUCUGAUAGUGUA